CGCGCACCUGCUUCAUGAGAUGAAAACAAAACAUUUUAAUCAGUUUUAAUUGACUUACCAUUGUCAAAAGGAUUGUUACAUAUUGAUUCUAUGAUGCAUCGAAGCAGGCAAAGUUCGUUUAUCACUCGGCAAAACCGAGAGUAUGGGUAUUCAUCAAGGGUUGGAGAUACUGCGAAAAUAUGUGCAAGUUUGACAUCCGCAAUCAAAGCCCAUCGAACCUGGGACCCAAGAAAGACUGUCAGCGACACGGACCAUGGCGGUGUAUUCAAUUUUGGUUUCUCCAAGAACGGGUCAUUGCUGGGUGUUGCCAUGGAGAGGAAGAGUGUUCUGUUGUUUGAUGCUCUCAAUGGAAAACUUGUGGCCAAGAAGACCAAUGCCCACACAGACUGCGUCAAUUGUGUCAAGUUCCUUGAUGACCGUCUGUUUGCUACCUGCUCUGAUGACACCACAGUUGCAUUAUGGGAUGCCCGUUACCUGAAGCACAAUGUACAGACAUUCCGGGGCCACUCAAACUGGGUGAAGAAUAUAGAGUAUGACUCUAGCCAGGGGGUUCUCCUCACAUCCGGCUUUGAUGGCUGUAUCUACACCUGGAACAUUAACAGGUACAGUACAGAGGACACGUCUAACCGCGUGUUCUACACGAGCGGCCUGAUGAGGUCCAAGUUGUCGCCCGACUUCUCCAAGCUCAUCAUCUCCACACAUGAGGGCUAUAUCAUCAUCAUACAUGACCUAGAUCUCUCUACCCUUGGUGAGGACUUGAAAGGGUUCAAGCCCAACAUGUAUCGUCUGAUGCAGCGUAGCCAGACACCGCUGAAGAUCGGCCUGCAGUACAACCAUGUGUUUGAGCAGGACAGGAACCGAGUGGAGUUCAUAACUGACUGGCCAGCGGGGAAUGAGGCCAACAUCAUAUCAUCACUGCAGGUUCAUCCCCAUGGCUGGUCCAUCCUCUCACGAAACACAGACUCAUCAGAAAAUACAGAGUGGACAUGUGUCCAUGAUCUUCAAGACUAUGGUGAGGUAAAGAAGACCCCAUCCCGCCCGUGGGAGGUAGCAUGGACAGCCCCUCACACUAGCUCAGCCUACUGCACCUCAACAAACACACCUGCUUACUCCUCCCAGGCACCAUCUGCUAGAGCUAGAGGGGGCAACCAGUCUGCUGGCUCUGUCACUGAAAACACAUCCUCUGCUGCUGGAGAUGGAAAUCAGUCAAAUGAAGAAAACGUAAACCAGUCAGAUGAUCCUGGCACUGAAAACCAGUCUGCUGCUGGAAAUAACGACCAGUCAAAUGAAGAAAAUCUGAACCAUUCUGCUGACUUUGUCACUGAGAACCAGUCUGCUACUGCAUGUAGUAACCCGUCUCAUGAAGAAGAUAGAAACCAGGCUAAACCUGGAAACAGUAACCAGCCAAUGGAGGAGAACAUGAAUCAACCUGGUGUUGAUGAGAGCUCUUCUGUAUCAGCUGGCAAUCAGUCAAUGUCUACGGGGAGUAAUGAGGAAAAUGAAGGUAGUAGCAGUGCUAGUGCUAACCAAGAGCGGAAUCUUCAGUCACUUAGUCAGGCUACAAAUGCUGACAACUUAGCUAAUGAUGGAUCACAAAAUAAUUUGCAAAGUGACCAAAAUGAUAGCAGCAGUGUCCCAGUGAGGGACAGUCUACUACCAAGAGAAGACAUUGAAUCAGACAGUUCAGAGGGUGAAACCUCCUCAACUCAACCGUUGAGAAUCUCGCGAGGAGUGGGGAAUGGUUCUGUGAACCCAAGCCUGAGACCCGUGCCCCCUGCUAGUUCACCCCUUAUUGCAGGCCCCAUGCAUAACUCCCUGAUUCAGAUCAGGCGGGGCUCCAGACAGGAUGACGGCAGUUUCUCAUUCUCAAUAUCUGUGCACACAUCAAGUGGACGAACCAUCAUGUUCAGUCAGGAAGAUAUUGAGGCAGAUGAUGAGGAGGAUAGAGACUUCAGAAUUACACCUGUUAACACCGAGUCUAGAAGGCAAAAUGAAAGUAAUGGUACGGAUAAUAGAUCAAGGGUGCAGGAUAGAAGUAGUGAAAACACCGCCCAAUCAGGUUCAAGUAGUAGAGGCAUUAACCAGAGUGAUCAAGUCUCAGGUUUGAAUCUGGGUAUAAAUGGGAAUAGAAGUAGUUCAUUAAGUAUUGAAAUUAAUGACAUGGAUAGUGUUGAUGUUGACAAUAAUGACAACUCUGACGUUGAGAAUGAGAGUGAGCAUGACAUUAUUGAUGAUGUGAUGAUGUUCCCAGAUACUGACAGCUCUGAUGGUGAAGAAAAUGAUCCAGUUCAAGGGAGUGUCAAUAUAAACUGGCCAAGCCAUGCAGGCCUAAACAGUGGUGUCAAUAUUUCCAUACAGAGUAAUGAUGAUUCCAAUGAUGAGCCAAUGUUUAGACACACUGGACCUUCAAGAAUAAGGCGAAGGGCGAUAAACACUGUAAGGCAAAAUGCAUCCCCCUGGUCGAGAGCUUCUAGCAACCAGACAGACAAUUCAUCAAGUUCUAAUUCCAAUUCACAAAAUGUUGGUAACAGACGUGUGAACACUGCCGCCAAUAGCAAUAACCCGGCCCCUGGAGGGUCGGUCGAUGUUCAACCACGAAGUAAUUCCUUUAUGUUUGUGCUGGAGUCAAACUCAGGCACGAGGAGACGGAGAGUGCUCAACCUGAGCUAUCUGGACACUUUAACAGAGACAGAGAACUCACAGCUUAAAAAGAACAUUCACACAAACACGAAUCGCCUCCAAGGCUAUAUGGAAGAGUGUAAUGUAGGUCGUGGCUUCAUUAAAGAGGUGGCAUUCAGCUCAGAUGGCAGAUUAAUAAGUUCCCCAUUUGGGUUUGGUAUAAGACUGUUCUCAUUUGAUCCACAGUGUAACGAGCUCUGUGACUGUUAUCCCAGAUCCCCGGUCAAGCUCUAUGAAGCCACUUGCUCUCUAGCUCAUGUUAACAUUGUGGUUGCCACACAGUUUUCACCCGUACAUAACUUGGUUGUUUCAGGAUGUCUCGAUGGCAAAAUAGCUUUCCAUCAGCCUGUCCUUUAAAAGUCUGCAAUAUUGUUGUGUUACAUGGUAAUCAGAUCUGAAAGUUCAUCAAUUUUAUUUUUUGUUUUUAUGUUACAAGUCAAUAUGUACAUUCAAAGUAUAUGAACAGUUACUUUAACUGUUAAGUUGUCAUGUACAUGUAAUUUUUAUUGGAAUUCUUCAUGGUUUGUACAAUCAAUUUGUUUCUUGAACACAGUGGUGAUCUGAGGAUGCUGUUAAUGUUAGCGGUAAUUGAAGGAUGAUGUUUCAUUAAGAAGGCAAAACUUUACAAAACCUUUGUAAUGUGACAAGUUUUAAUCUUAGUAUUGUAAACUUGACAACUUCUGUUUUAAAAAGGCAAUCAAGGAAAAUGUUUUUUUGUUUAAACCAGUAUUAACUGGUAAUAAUAAUUGGUAUACAAUAAAAUAACCCUGGUGCAGUUCACCUAUGUUUAUUUUUGUUAUUGAUUUACUUUCAAAUAUUUUUUUGUGUUCAUUCAAUUCCAGACAUUAUAAUUAUGGUAAUGGUAAAAUCAUUGAUUCUAAUUUUAAUUUCGUCUGUUUUUCGAAGAAGGAAAUCGAGGUAUUGUGAUAGUCUUUGGGUUCUUGGCGCACGCAUCGGUUUUGUAGGCGUCGUGCAAAAGAAACAAUUUGGAAAUUGCUUAUAAAACGUUUCAAUAUAUUUGAAUGAAAGUUGAUUAGAAGCAGCACACUGUAGUGCACAUGAAAAUCGUAGUAAGACCCAUAACUCUGACUUGACUGAAUGUCACGUUAUGAACCUUUUUUGACUGAAUAAAGCAGACGAUGUGUGGAGUUCUUCUCGCAGUGUUCUUAUUGGCAUUGUUAAAUUACCUUUUGAUUGGAUUAUAAGAACAAACAUUGCAAGGUUGAUCUAGAGCAUGUUUUGUAGCAAUUGAGGUAUGGACUGCUGCUCAUUUUCCCUGAUAUAUGAUGCCUACAUAAAGGUAGUGAACUAGUCUAAUAUCAAUGUCAGAAAAGCGCUUCUUUAAACUAUGCAUGCAAUUACAGAUAACAAGGUCAUCUUCAUUUUGUUUUGUUAAGUGUGGUAUUCCAUGUCUUAUUAAAUAAUGAAGAACUU